AUGGCACUAUAUGAGGGCAUAGCACUAAUACAAGAGAAACAAGCAGUCGUUUUAGAUCUGGGCACCGAUUAUACGAAAUUCGGUUUUACUGGAGAAGCUGCUCCACGCUGUAUUAUACCAUCUCAAUAUUGGUGCACUACAGAGAGAAGAUUUAAAAGAGUAUAUGAUUAUAAAAAUGAAGAAGAAUUGUACGAUAACCUUGUGCAUAUGCUGCAUUUACUGUAUUUCAGACAUGUGCUUGUAAAUCCAAAGGAGCGUAAAGUAGUAGUGGUGGAGUCUCUGCUCACACCCACACUGUUCCGAGAGACACUGGCCAAAGUGCUAUUCUUACAUUAUGAGGUGUCGGGCGUGAUGUGGGCGGACAGCGCGCGCAUGUGCGCGCUGACGCUGGGCGCGCCCAUCGUGCUCGUGGUGUCCAUAGGCGCGCUGGAGACCGAGGUGGUGGCCGUGGUGCACGGCGUGCCGGUGCUGGCGGCGCUGCAGGCCGCGCCGCUGGGCGCGCGCGCCGUGCACCGCGAGCUGGCGCGCCUGCUGGACGCCGACCUGCCCGAACACGUACUCGAAGACAUCAAAGCGCGCGCGUGCUUCGUGCCGAGCCGCGAGCGCGCGCUGCGGCUGGCGGCGGGCGCGGCGCCGCCGGCCGCGGGCGCGUCGCUGGCGCGCGCCGACCGCACGCUGGCGAUACCGGGCGCCGCGCGCGAGCUCGCCGCCGAGCCGCUGUUCGCGCGCGAUAACGAGAUGGCCUCCGUGCCGGACAUCGUGCUGCAGUGUAUCAUGCAGUGCCCGCUGGACGUGCGCCGCGAGCUGGCGGGCAACGUGCUGGUGUGCGGCGGCGGCGCCGCGCUGCCCGGCCUCAAGGCGCGCCUCAAGCACGAGCUGCUGCACCUCGUCACGCAGCCGCCCUACUGCUCGAAGCUCCAGAUCAAGGAGUUCAAGUUCCACAGCGCGCCGGCGCACGACAACGCGGUGGCGUGGGCGGGCGGCGCGCUGUGCGGCGCGGCGGACGGCGGCGCGCGCGCGCUCGCCCGCGACGUGUACGCGCGCGCGCGGCGCCUGCGCGACUGGCCGUGCCUGCUGCACCGCACGCCGCACGACCACCCGCACUGGGCGCUCGCCGCCGAC